UAACGUUGACAUGCAACUGUUGUGGACAUUUUGGACAACGAAACAAAUAAUCAGAAGCAUUUUUUUUUAAGCAAAAAUAUUUCUCGAUAGCCAAAACACGCUUCUAUCCAACUAACCACCAGGGAGCAGUAGCGAACUAUUGUGCUAUCAGAGCCACGAAGAAGAGCGCAACCCGGAUCUCAGGCGCUUCUGUCAAAACUACAACUGCAAAGCGACUCCACUUCCUCGAGACGCUACUAUGUCGUCCCGCAAAAGACUAAUUGAAGGCGACGGACCGACUGACCUCAAGUUGAGCAAAACGGGAGGCGAAAAGAAACAUAUAGCCGCACUCGUCCUGGCAAGGGGCGGGAGCAAAGGCAUCCCCCUGAAAAACAUCAAGAUGUUGGCCGGGGUACCGCUGAUCGGAUGGGUCAUCAGAGCCGCGGUGGACUCCGACAUGUUCGACAGUGUGUGGGUGUCAACCGAUCACGACGAAAUCGAGCGUGUGGCCCUGGCCUGGGGCGCCCAGGUACACCGCCGGAGUCCCCAAGUCUCCCGAGACGCUUCGUCAUCGCUGGAGACCAUCCAGGAGUUCCUGCGACUCAAUCCGGAGGUGGACAUCCUGUGCCACAUCCAGGCCACGUCACCCUGUCUCCACCCGUUCCACAUCAAGGAGGCCUUGGAGUUGAUCACCUUGCACGGUUUCGACUCGGUUUUCUCCGUGGUCCGGCGUCACCACUUUCGCUGGCAGGAGGUUAAGAAAGGAUCCGGCGAAUUGACCAAAGCUCUGAAUUUGGACACGGCCAACCGCCCUCGGCGUCAGGACUGGGACGGCGAGCUGUGUGAGAAUGGAUCCUUCUAUUUCAGCACUAAGGAGCUCAUCAGCAAGCAAGGACUUAUGCAGGGUGGGAAGGUGUCCUACUACGAGAUGCUUCCCGAGUACAGCGUGGACAUUGACGUGGACAUUGACUGGCCUGUCGCAGAGCAGAGAAUCCUCAGGUACGGCUACUUUGGUCGGGUGACCCCGGAGGUGGUCCGCUUGAUGUUCUGCAAGGUGUUGGGAUGUUUAACGGAUGGAAAGAUCUACCUGUCUGCGGCCGGAGAGGAAAUGAUGUCCAUCAGCAUCCAAGACAUCGGCGCCAUUCGCAUGCUGCAGAAAGAUGACGUAGAGGUGAUGCUGUUGACCACUGCCGAGGACCCAGUAGGAGACACGUUGGCCGACAGACUGGCCAAGCGGACGGGCUGCCAGGUUAUGCGGGUGGGAGCUAAGCCGGCUGACGAAUUGGAGUCUGUGUUGAGAACCAGGAAGUUGGUUUGGAAGGACGUGGCAUAUUUGGGAAACGACGUGCCCGAUGUGGACUGCCUAAACCUAGCCGGCUUGAGCGCCGUACCCGCCGACGCGCCGGUGGUGGCCGUCAACGCGUGCAAGUACACCUGCCACCGCGCGGGCGGAAACAACGUCGUCCGCGAGUUCGCCGAGCACAUUCUGUUGCAGAAGGCGAAGGCCAAGUCUCAAAUGAGACAGGACCGCAUCAAUUGAGAGCGGAAAGAGGACCAUACGGAUUGUAAUCGGGAAUCGAAUCAAAGCUUUCCUAUUUGCACUUUUUUUGGCUGCUUUGUAAUCAUGUUUACUUCAUUUACUGCUAAUUGAGGUAUUCAAAUUUUAAAGCAACUGCUGCCGGGCGUGUCCAGUUCAAGUGAGUCAUCACACAGAAGGAUUGAGGUGGCUCGCCACUUGUUGUACGCUAAUGCUAGUUAGCGAACUGUUUGAAGUCACUUGAUUCAACAAAAACCCUUGAUUAAGAGGUAUCAAUCAAAAAAGAAAAAUCCAAUAAAGUAAUUUUUUAA